AUGAGGAGGCCUAGCGCCAUCAUAACUCCCGUCUCCGAGGAUGACGUGCAGUCAAGUUCAGCGUCAUUAAAGCAUUCUUCACCCCUCCGUCAAGCGGUAUCCCUGCGACGGGGUGGGUCAUCCCUUUCCCGAUCUCGAACAACUCGCGUCAUCCCUGAUUCCGAAGAUGAAGCCGACGGUGGCUUCGAUGGACCGAGCCCAGUGUCGAGAAGGACAAGAACUCGUGCCUCAGGAAACUUCGAAGUCGUGAUACCUGCGAAGCAAGAUGACACUCCCACCGAUUCGCCUCGGAGCUCUCUGGGGAGCACGUCUGUCGACGGAGCCACCGGGCUGAGCACGCCAGCAACCAGUGUUGGUGGUGCCGCAGAAUCAGACAUCAAAAAGUCCCGGAAGCGCGUUAAUGCAUCGGAACGAGUUGCACGUCUCCAAUCAAACACUAUCACCAGAAGAACUUCUCUCAGAGGCACUAAAAGAUCUGCGGCAGCUAUGGAAACAGACCAAGAAGCCAUCGAUGAGGCACUAGCGCGUGCACUCCAAAUGGAUGAGUAUGGAGAGCCACGUAUCAAAAAGCAGCGAACUGGCUUCGACGAUUUCGAGGACUCAGCUCGAAGUCUUGCAGAGAGGCUGGACGCGAUGCCUCCCGACACAGAAUUUUCAGAGAGUGAACUAUCGGAUCGGAUUACACCUGUGGAUACCGAAGAGGAAGUCGUCUAUCAACCCUCGGGCUCAGAUUCAGAAAAUGAAUUCUUUUCCGCAAGCGAAGAACGAGAGAAUCGACGACUUCGAGUUCCCGUCCCACCUGAAAUCAAUGCCGGCGAGGACGAAUUGCCAACCUGGGAAGAACAGCGCAAAACUCGCCGAAUGCAAGCAGAUCGGAAAAAAUUGGAGAAAAAGCAUCCGAUUAUUCUCACCAUGUGGGAUGAUCUCAAGGCCAGACCUCUCAUCCCCGCCAAGCAAGCUAAACAGCCCGAAUCCAUUACACGCAAGUUGAAGCCUUUCCAAUUGGAAGGUCUGAAUUGGAUGAUGGAACAAGAGAAAACGGACUACCGCGGCGGUUUGCUAGGUGAUGAAAUGGGCAUGGGAAAAACGAUUCAGGCCGUUUCUCUCAUCAUGUCUGAUUUCCCUCAGCCCAACCCAACUUUAGUCCUCGUACCUCCAGUCGCUCUGAUGCAGUGGGUGUCUGAGAUUCAGGAAUACACGGAUGGCAAGCUGAAAGUUCUUGUUUAUCAUAAUUCAGACUCCAAAGUCAAAAAGCUUGCGCAGGCUGAUAUUCGAAAAUACGAUGUUAUCCUGAUAUCAUAUUCGAGCUUGGAGUCAAUACAUCGCAAACAAGAAAAAGGAUGGACUCGCGGUAAUGGAACGGUGAAGGAAGACAGUAUCAUCCAUUCCAUCUAUUAUCACCGACUUAUCCUAGACGAAGCGCACAGCAUCAAGCAACGUACCACCGGAGUUGCCAAGGCAUGUUUCGCUUUGAAGGCUUCUUUCAAAUGGUGUCUCUCUGGCACUCCUGUACAGAACCGCAUUGGCGAAUUCUUUUCGCUACUGCGCUUCUUGCAGGUUCGCCCUUUUGCCAGCUAUUUUUGCAAACAGUGCCCAUGUUCACAGCUACAGUGGACCGCAAACAAGCAGGGUCGUUGCACUGAGUGCUCUCACACGGGCUUUAACCAUAUCUCGAUAUUCAACAAGGAAAUUCUCAAUCCAAUCACGGAGGGAAGAACCCAAGAGGAGCGAAAGUUGGGAUUGUCAAAGCUUCGUCUCAUCACGGACCACAUCAUGCUUCGACGAUUGAAGCAAGAGCAUACCUCGUCCAUGGAGCUUCCACCCAAACGAAUUACUAUCCACAACGAAUUCUUUGGCGAGAUCGAACAUGACUUCUCUCGGAGUAUCAUGACUAACUCUAGUCGGCAAUUUGAUACUUACGUCAGUCGCGGUGUCAUGUUGAACAACUAUGCCAAUAUUUUCGGUCUUAUCAUGCAAAUGCGACAAGUAGCGAACCACCCAGAUCUUAUCCUGAAAAAGCACGUGCAGCCGGGCUUCAAUGUUCUCGUCUGUCGCGUCUGUGACGAACCGGCGGAAGAUGCAAUUCGGUCUCGCUGCCAUCACGAGUUCUGCCGCAAAUGUGCCAAGGACUACAUUCAGUCUUUCCAAGAUGGCUCCACUGUGGAUUGUCCGCAGUGCCACAUCCCUCUGUCCAUUGAUCUGGAGCAGCCUACGAUCGAACAGUCCGGAGAAUCCGUCAAGAAGAACUCGAUUAUCAACCGAAUCUUCAUGGAGGAUUGGACGUCGUCGACCAAGAUUGAAACGCUUCUCUACGAGCUCUAUCUCCAGAGAAGCAAGAGCCAUACACCGAAGUCGAUUAUUUUCUCGCAAUUCACCUCGAUGCUGCAGCUUGUGGAGUGGCGCCUGCGCCAUGCCGGGUUCAAUACAGUCAUGCUGGACGGGACGAUGACGCCUGCUCAGCGGCAAAAGUCCAUCGAGCACUUCAUGACCAACGCGGACGUUGAGGUAUUCCUGGUGUCAUUGAAGGCAGGCGGUGUGGCUCUAAACUUGACAGAGGCAUCACGAGUGUUCAUCGUGGACCCGUGGUGGAACCCGGCAGCAGAAUGGCAAAGUGCGGAUCGCAGUCACCGUAUUGGCCAGCAGCGGCCCUGUGUGAUCACCCGCUUGACCAUCGAAGACUCGGUUGAAUCCCGAAUCGUUCAACUCCAGGAAAAGAAGGCCAAUCUGAUCCGAGGCACGAUCAACAAGGAUCAGGGCGAGGCUCUUGAGAAACUGACCCCUGAAGACAUGCAGUUCCUUUUCCGUGGGUCCUAG